AUGAAACAAGAUCUACACGAGCAUCUUCUUGUUCAUUUUGAUGAGAUAGGUUUGGAUCCUGUUCUCUGCGCCUCAUGUAAUGCCCUCUGCAACCGCGAUUUAUUUCGUUGUUUUCCUUGCAACUUUAAUAUCCAUUCUGGGUGUCUACCAUCCCAAAGGGAAGUUUAUCAUGACGAUUUGCAUGUGCAUCCGCUUGUCCUUACAAGUUCGUAUAAAGAAGAUGAAUAUUCAGGUAAAUUCUACUGCGAUGUUUGUGAAGAAAGUAGAGAUCCAGACUACGGUGUUUACUGUUGCAAGGAAUGCAAGUUUGUUGCUCACAUUCACUGCGCCAUCUCUUAUAUACUGGAAAAUGAAACUCAGGUAGAGCCAUCCUCGCCUGAGAAGCAGCUUGAAGAUAACUUGGAGUACACGUCUAUCAAUCAGCAGGAAGGAGAGACAAAAAUCAUGGCAGAUAAUCAUGCGUAUGAACAAUUCUCCACUUUUGUUCAGAUUAGGGAGGAGAUGGUAGAGAUUCGUGAAACUCUACAAGCACUUGAGGAAACUCUAGGAAAGCAAAUGCAGGCACAAGUAGAAGAUGUAUCAGAAAAAUUAAAGGAACUGCUAUAG